GAACUACCCUUGAAAAUCUCAGACAUCAUUCACAUCAAGGUUGAUUAACAACCAUUUACUAAAAAAAAAAAAAAAUAGUUUAUCAACCAGGGCAAAAGUCAAACCCUCACUCACUUCCGUCAACCCUCUCUCCUCAUUUGUCUCCCGCUAAAACCCUAAACCCUCAUUUCCACAAAAACCACCAUGAUAACCACCGUAAUCAUCCGAGAAUCAUCCAGAACCUUCCGAAACCGCCCACCAUUCUCUCUCCUCUGGGCCCGACCCAUGGGCGGAGGGCCUCGAACCUUCCCAGGCGGACUCAACAAAUGGCAAUGGAAGCGCCUCCAUGAAAAGAAAGCUUCCCAGAAAGAGAAGCGCCUUAUUGACCAUGAAAAGCAGCUUUACCAAGCUCGUCUUCGUUCCCAGAUCCGGGCCUCCGUUUUGGGCUUGCCGGAGAAGCCCGAAGGCCCGUCUCAUUCCCCCAUGUCACCCCAGGAGCAUAUUAAAGCCCUUGCUGACCGACUCAUGAAACCGGGUGCCGAUGAUUUGUGGAAUGACGAUGAUGGCCUGGUACAUUCACCUCCCCGGGCCGGACCGAGUAAGCCGAAUGAUCCGGGUAUUGAUCUCAGGAAGUUUGUUAAUGAUGGUAAUUUUCAGCAAAAGAGGGGUUUUUGUAGUCAGAUAAAUGAUGACGGUAUUGGUAUUUUGAUGGGUUUUAGGGGUAAUUUGCAUCAAAUGAGGGGGUUUUGUGAAGGGAAUUUGAUGGGGUUUAAGGGUAAUUUGCAGCAAAUGAGGGGUUACUCUGGAAAUGUGAAGGGGAAAGUGAAGAAGAAGUUUUAUAAACAUAUAAAGGGAAGUUCGUCGAGUGAGGAUGAUGAGGAAGAUUAUGGGAAGUUGAGUAGUAAUGCAAGGUGGCCGAGGUUUGUUUUGGAAGGGAAUGAACCGGGGAGCGGGGAGGAGGGUGGAAAGGGUGAUGUGAAAAGUGUAAGGGGGUUUAUGGGGAAUGCAACAUUAGGAAAGUAUGAUGUGAAGGUGACGAAAAGGCGGAUUGUGAAAGAGUUGGAGGAGUAUGCUGAGCAAGAAGAUGAAGAGGGUGAUUUGGCUGAGAAAAUUUAUGAGAUUAAGCAGGAGAUCAUUGAGAGGAAGCGGAUGGAAGAAAUUCAAGAGGUGACCGAUCGCGAUGAGUUUGUUGCCUCUGAAAAGAGAUUUGAGGACUGUGGCAUAUCACCCUUGACAAUUAAGGCAUUAACUGCUGCUGGCUAUGAAGUGAUGACUAGGGUUCAAGAAGAUACACUGUCUGCUUAUCUUGAGGGUAAGGAUGCUUUAGUCAAAUCUAGAGCUGGGACAGGAAAAACCACUGCUUUUCUGCUUCCUGCAAUUGAAACAGUUUUGAAAGCUAUGCUUAGUGACAAAGCUAAGCGUGUGCCUCCUAUAUAUGUUCUCAUUCUUUGCCCCACGAGAGAACUUGCUAGUCAGAUUGCUGCAGAAACAAGGGUUUUGCUGAAGAAUCAUGACGGCUUGGGUGUCCAAAUGCUAGUUGGUGGUACACGUUUCAAAGAUGACCAGAAACGCCUGGAAUUGGAUCCUUGCCAGAUUUUGGUUGCUACUCCUGGUAGAUUACUUGAUCACAUUGAGACCAAAUCAGGCUUGUCUACAAGAUUAAUGGGACUUAAAAUGCUUGUACUAGACGAAGCUGAUCAUCUGCUAAAUCUUGGGUUUCGCAAGGACAUGGAGAAAAUUGUUGAUUGUUUACCUCGUCGACGACAGUCUCUGUUGUUUUCUGCAACAGUGCCAAAAGAGGUCCGUCGAAUUUCUCAGCUUGUUCUUAAACGGGAGCAUGCUUUUAUCAACACUGUGGAUGCAGGCAGUCCAGAUUCCAGUUCUAAGGUGAAGCAGACUUAUAUAAUAGCUCCCCAUGAUGUGCAUUUUCAUGUAGUAUACCAACUUUUGAAGGACCAUAUUACAGAAAUGCCAGACUACAAGGUUAUCGUUUUCUGUACGACUGGAAUGGUGACUUCACUUAUGUACCUUCUCUUCCGUGAAAUGCGUUUAAAUGUUAAGGAAUUGCAUUCAAGAAAGCCUCAACUCUACCGAUCUCGUACAGUUGAAGAGUUUAAACAAUCAAAACGUCUGAUUUUAAUUUCAUCUGAUGUAUCUGCUAGAGGAAUAAACUAUCCUGAUGUUACUUUAGUUAUUCAGGUUAGAUCUCCCUCUGAUAGGGAGCAAUAUGUACAUCGCCUUGGGAGGACUGGUCGUGAAGGAAAAGAUGGUGAAGGCAUUUUGCUGCUUGCUCCAUGGGAAGAACAUUUCUUGGAGGACAUAAAGGACUUGCCUGUUCAAAGGUCUUCGGCACCACAUGUUGACCCAUAUGCAAGAUCAAAGAUGGUGGAUUCAAUGGCAAAGAUUGAUACUAGUGUGAAAGAAGCUGCGUACCAUGCUUGGCUUGGUUACUAUAAUUCUCUUAGGGAAAUAGGCAGGGAUAAGACCUCACUCGUGAAUUGGGCAAACCAAUUUUGUGAGUCAAUUGGGUUGGAGAAACCUCCUGCACUUUUCAGAAAAACAGUUGUAAAAAUGGGUUUGAAAGAUAUUCCUGGCAUUCGUGUAAGGAAAUAGCACACUUCGAUGUUCAGAGUACUUGGAUAAACUCGCUUCAGUUUUUUAUAGCUGGGAAGUGCUGUCAAAGAUUUUCAAUACAACUGAGGAAGCCAAAUUCCUCAGCCUGACAGUUGGCCGGGGGAGGCACGUGUACAAGAAGGAAGCUUGAGCUUAAUGCAAAUGGCUAAAAUCUCCCAUGCUGCAAUUGAAUUGGGAAUGAACCUCAUUCUCAAACGAAAAGAAAGAAGACAGCGGGACUGUUUUGAUUGUGUGCACAACUCUAUGACACCAAAAUCAAAUAUGCCACUUUUAGGCCUUUUUACCAGUUUAGGUCCCUUAAGGGGCUCUGAAUGGGGCCAUUUUUUUUUUGAAGCUCAGCAAUGCGGAAUAGUUGUACAUUCUUCAGUUGAUUUCUCAGUUAAAAUGUCAUAUAGUCAUAUUCAUCUGAUUUCUUGUAACUGUUUCAUCAUGUCUAUGUCUAUGUCUAAUGUAUUGCUCCUGCCUAUCUCUGAGAUUUCAAUAUCAAGUUAUCAGAUUAAUUUCAUUACCCCCACCCCCCUUUUUUUCGGAUGAUCCAAAUUCCAGUAUUACCCUUUUUGGGUAUCAAAGGCUGUCUUAACAAAAUCUUAUUGCAAUGUAUUGUACA